GUACGAGCUCAAAAUAGUAAAGUAACCUCAAAAACAUUAUUGUUGUUAUGUGAUAUUAAUGAAAAUACAUUUAAAUAAUCUUCAAAAUGUUCAAUAUAUCAAAUAUUUAUAAAAGCUCAUGUGUAACUUCAUGUUUAGUGCUGCAGGCUCGUUACAAAACCAAGAUACAUUGGUCCAAGUUGAAGAAAAAGACUGGUCCUAAAUAUAAAGCGUUGAAUCAUUUUGAUGAGUUCUACGCUUCCGUGUUUGGGGACGCUAAAUGGCAGGCAAUGCGUGAGGCAAUGUUGCGGCGAUCAAAAUAUGUCGCUCUUGUGAAUAAUUACGGGGAUGCCGAUAAAACAAUGGAAGAACUUACUAAUAGAGGAGCCCACUGCCUGAAAAAGUUAAUAACAAUACAGCAAGAAUAUAAUAAAGAAUAUAACAUUAUUUCUGAACCUACACAAGUUGUUGAGACAGAAAAACAAUCAGAAAGGCUGACAGACUAUAUGGAAAGACAACAGACUGAUGAAAUAUCCAGCAUUUAUCCUAAUUCUGAGAACAAACCUGAGAAAUUGGAUAUGGAGGAUGGUGAAGAAGUCAAAGUAAAAAAGGUGAACCAAGAAAUGACUUUCCCAACCAAGACCCUGGAUGAAUCUAUAGCAGAAGCCAAGAUAGAUGAGUCUAGGAUAAUAGACCCGUCAAUGGGUAUGACUUCAGAGUCUCUCUACCAGUUUCUACCAGCCACUAAGCUGAAGGGAAUGGAUGAGUGGGUCCCAGAGUCUGUGCAUUAUUCUUAUUAUUCCAAGGAGAAAGAUUUCCCGUUUAUAAUAGAACCAGAUGGCCCGCUAAAGUAUCCGGAGCAUUUGAAAGUUUUCACGUAUGAAAUGGACAGUGACCAAACCACUUUUCCAGAACCAAAAAGAUGUCAAACAGGAGUUUACAACUACUACCCAAUGGACUGUGGAAGCAUCCUCCCAGUGCUAGCUUUGGACUUGAGCCCCGGUGACAGGAUGCUCGACCUUUGCUCAGCCCCCGGGGGCAAAGCUCUAGUCGCACUACAGACGUUACUGCCAGACAUAGUCGUGUGUAACGAUAUCUCUAUAUCUAGGUUGAAUAGAAUUCAGCGAUCGUUCCGCGAAUACUUGUUUGAUUUUGAAACGAGCAACAAAUGGCGGGAGCGUGUCAUCUUCAAGAGGGUGGAUGGACGACUCUACACAGAUGAUCUAGGCUUUGAUAAAGUCCUAGUAGACGUUCCAUGCACCACAGACAGACACUCGAUAAACGAGGAUGAGAACAACAUCUUCAGGCCUGACAGAGUCAAGGAGAGGCUCCGGAUACCUGAGAUGCAGUCGCAGUUACUAGUUAAUGCUCUUCGGCUGGUGAAGGUCGGCGGGACAGUGGUGUACUCCACGUGUUCCCUGAGCCCCAUACAAAACGACGGAGUCGUCCACAUGGGGAUGAAGCAAGCAUUCGAGAAUAAUAACAUUAUCGUUAAGGUCAAGAACAUGUCAGUGACGAUGUCAGGCUUCACCAGCACGCUAGUUCUAGGCACAGGUUCCGCGGCGCCUAAAUACGGCCAGCUAGUGACGCCUUCUGUCGGCGCCAACUUCGGACCGUCAUAUAUCGCCAAACUUAUACGUAUGCGAUAGUAAGGUGUUACUCCGUUUUGAAAGG